UCCAUAUUCACUUUCCUCCUAUAUAUGUACGCCGUCUCGAUCACUCACUCUUUAGCCCCAUAAUCCUCUUCCUCUUCCUCUUCUCUUUCCUUUCUGUCUCGCUCGGCUUCAACCCUUUUUCUGCAACAAAUCUCUGUAGCUCUUGGACCACCCAAAGAGCACAGACAAAUGCAAAGAAAUCGGAAAUUUCCCAAUCCCCAUUAGAAUCGGUCAAUCCAAACAAUAUCUCCUGGAAUAUUUCUGAACUCAAAAAGCUCUGUCCUUUUCCUACUCUUUCGGGAGGGAUUUUUGUUAAAAAAAAAAAAAAAGAAAAAUUAAAAAUCUUACUGGGCAAAUUAUUAAAACAUCACCAACAACCAUCUUUAUCCCCGUCAUUUCCUUCCUAGCGAGGUUUACGACCGUUUCCUUCCCCUCCCCAACAAAAAAACCAUCCUCCCACCUAUGGCUGAACAUCCGCCUCAUUCUUUCUUCUAGCGCUUCGUAUAUCUGAUCCACAAUUUGGGUCGAUUCAAAUAUUUGAAUAGACCCAACACAGCAGCAACAGCGGCUGUUCCGUUUCCUGUUUAGCUAAGAAGCCGUUUACAUGAAUGAAUAUAUAAUCAAGAGUUAAUUCGGGGGCACUUGAGGAUUAAUUUCCAAAUCAUUUGCUGCUCUUUUUUCAUGACGAAACAAAUUGUUCUGCGGGCGCCCCCGUCUUAUACGGACCGCCGGCAGCCACUCCUGAGCCAAGAAGAAACCGGCUCGCGCCGAGGAAGCAAGCGGGUGGCGGAGGUCGUGGGAGGGACCGCUGCCGAAUGCGUGGCAGUCUGCUGCUGCUGCCCGUGCGGGCUGGUGAAUUUGCUGGUCUUGGCCGUCUAUAAAGUACCGGCGGGGCUAUGUCGGAAGGCACUGAGGCAGAAACGGCGCCGCAAGGUGAAGAAUGGGGGACAUUUGCCGCCCCGGAAAUGCGGCUGCAAUGACGUCGAGCUAUUCCAGCUCCACCCCCUCCCGGGCCCACUUCUCACGGCGGAGUCGGAUAAAGACGUGGUGGAGCUAGAGAAGGAAAUGUGGGACAAAUUUUACAGCACUGGAUUUUGGAGAAGUCCCUCCCAGAGGAGCGACUCCGCCGUAAAUUCGUCGCUGUAAAAGAUUUAAAAGGGGGGAUGGGGGAAUUGACGAAACAAAUAUUCGUCCCAGUAAAUGUUUCAGUUUUUUUUUUCCUUUUAUUUUUUUAAUUUACUGGGUUGAUUUUUUUUCCCUGCAUUUUUCCUGUUUCUUGUAAGAUGUAAUUGUCAAUCAUAUUUGGUGGUGGUUUCUUCUGUAAACUCAACUCAAGAGGGGAAUAAUUUGUCUCCCUUCUUAAUUUGGUGAUUGAUG